AUGCCUCACUAUAAUUGUUGCGUUCCUGGCUGUACAAACAGCUUUAGGAACGCUUCACAUCUGCAUUUCUACAGAUUACCGAAAGAUGAGUUUACCAGAAAGCAAUACAAAGUCAUUUUGAAGAAUGAUUCGCUAAAAUUGGACUCCACAAAUACUCGAAUUUGCUCAGACCAUUUCGAAGGUGGCGAGAAACUCAGUCGAGCUCAUCUGCCGACUAUAUUUCCUUGGAAAAAGGCAGAAAGCACUAGACGACAGCUAAAAAGAGUCAUCAGCUUCGAAGAAAAUCUGGCAAUUCAGGAAGCAAAAAAGAAGAAGAGGGAGGAAAAGAAAGACAUGGCACAAGCAUCAGUGACAGUCGAACAUGAGAACAAUCGUGAGACACAAACAUCUCUCACAGGAUUGGAAAUCGAAACAAUGUUAAAGGAGUUGCAAAAGCUUAAAAAGGACAUCAGUGAAUUGACAAAUGAAAAGAAUCAGCUGCUGGAGAAAAAUGCCAAGUUGAGUGAAGAAAAUGCAAACCUACUCGAGGCAAACUUAAAACUCGAGCAAGAAACAAAAAGACUAAGACACUCUCUUGAAAACUUUCGUUUCGAUAUUGAGAAAUAUAAAGACAAUGCUGAAGACAUUGCCUUUUAUACUGGUUUACCAGACUAUAAUGCACUGCUGAUAUGUUUCGACAUGGUUAAAGAUGCAGCAGAGCAUAUUGAAUAUGAACAUGAACGAACGCACCCAGGAAUUCAGUGUGGCAGACCUCGAUGUUUAACCAAGUUCCAAGAGUUUACUUUGACACUAGUGAGAUUAAGGCUUGGAUUGCUGGAAAAGGACCUUGCUCAUCGGUUUAGUGUCUCAAGACCCCUUGUAUCCAAAGUUUCAAGGGCCUGGACGAGAUUUCUGAGGGGACAGUUUGAGCCACUUAUUACUAUUCCACCCAGGGAAGUUCUCAAACUCUACAUGCCUGACAUUUUCAAAUCCUUCUAUCCAGACUGUGUCAUUAUUGUGGACUGUACAGAGUUUGAGAUGGAGAAACCUUCAGCACUUAAUUCUCAAUCUGCUUGCUACUCGUCAUACAAGUCUAGAACGACGAUGAAAGCCUUGCUUGGUAUAACACCCAGUGGUGCUUUAUGUUUUGUCAGUGAGCUAUUUCCUGGUUCAACUUCUGACAAGGAAAUAACAGCUCAAAGUGGACUGUUGGACAAGUUACAACCUUAUGAUCAAGUUAUGGCAGACAAAGGGUUCAACUGCACUGAUGAGCUUGCUUCUGUGGGAGCAGAACUGAUUAGACCAGCAUUUUUGGUUAAAGAUACACAAUUCUCAAAAGAAGAAACCAACCACAACAAGAUUGUUGCCAGUUUGAGAGUACAUGUUGAGCGAUUGAUGGAGAGAAUAAAGAAUUGGCACAUCUUUGACCACCGAAUUCCAAUUACUCUUGCCCCCAUAGCAUCUGAUAUGUUAUUUGUAGUGGCUGGACUUUCUAAUUUUUACCCUCCUUUGAUUAAUUAA